UUGGCGGAGUGCGGACAAUUAUUCCUCUUCGGAUUAGAUUGUUUUUGUUUAUAAAAAAGACGCUCUUAAAAAUAUUUUAUUUCAACUAAUUUAAAACGCGAAAUAUAAAUUGAACCGAUAAUGUACAAAAACUAAACAAUUGCUACUUACUUACCGAUUACUUCCUUCAAGUGAUGAACUUCGGUUUUCAGUGCUGUUACAAUGGAUAACUUCGAGGAAGAAAAUCCAGAUAGUGAUGGUGAAUUCGCUUUUGAAACUGAUCACCUUGCAUUGAGAGGAAACAAAGAUUACGGUGAAUUAUUGAAGUAUAUAGUGAAACUGGAAGCUCAAAAAGUGCAAGCUCUGAAAGAUAUUGAAGAAUUGAACGAGUCAAAAAUUAAGGCCUUGGAUGAUCCCUUAUCAUUUGUUCAAAAAUUAAAAUCAGGCAAAAUAAACUUUCCACCUCGCCAAUCCAUAUCUGAUAUACCAAAAAUAGAUUGGGAAAAGUAUGGUAUUGAUAUAACUCUUGAAUCAGAAAAAAGUAAAAGGGCUAAGGAUGAAAUGGAAUCUAGUACAAAAGUUAGGGGGCGAACAUUCACUGAUAAUAAACCGGAGACAUUUAACCAGCUUUGGUCAUGCGAAGAACAGAAGAGGUUAGAAGAAUUAUUGGAAAUAUAUCCAGAAGAACCAAUAGAAGCGAGGAGGUAUAAAAAAAUAGCUGAAGCUCUUGGCACAAGAACACCUUUACAAGUUAUGAGUAGAAUACAGAAAUAUUUUGCUAAACUUGCAAAAGCAGGUUUACCUGUACCUGGCAGAGCUCCCAAAUAUGUAGGAAAGGACAAGCAUAGAAGUAUGUUGUAUAAGAAGUCAACAUUCUUUCCAAAAUUGCAUGUUCCUGUUAAAAUGGAAGAUCCCAAUGAAGAUAGUGAGAGUCAAGACACAAUGUCAGUGGAAACUAGGAGUGGAAACAGUUUAAUGUUGGAUUUAUUGAAAGCUGCAAAAGCACAGAGAUUGUUGGACGAAACGGCACCAGUGUUUCAAAUAAAGACUAUGUGUGUGGGCUGCCAAAAGACUGGCUUUCUUGGUGCAAGGUGGACUGAUAAUGCAGGGACAGACUAUUGCACUGACUGCUUAGUGAAACUGUUACCAGCUGAAAAACUAACGCCCAUUAGACAACCAAUUUGAAAUUACAAUAAAUUAUUUAUUUUA